AAUUUAAAAAUACUAAAAUCUAAAAGACUGGCAAGUAUAUAUACAUAUCAGUUAAAAGUGUUAACCCUUAUGUCUAUCUCACACUGAACAGUGUUUUCCAUGUGUUAAGGAAUGCUGUCGAAUGAGUUCUUUAAGGGAGGGACAUUCAAGUUCCAACAACCAACAACCAUCUCGUUGCAGAGUCAUUUCUUUGGUACGGCGCUUCAUGGCAGUUAUGGUCUCAAGUGUUUGGGUCAGAGUUUUGUGUAUUUUCUGUUUGAUCGAGUUACCAGAAAGAAGUUUGGGGUUCAGCCACUUUGGAGACGAUCAAAUCAUUAUUGCCAUUAUUGUUGGAGUUAUUCUCUUCAUCACCUGUGUGUGUCUUAUCAUCUGCUUUUGCUCUCCAUGUUGCUGCUUCUACAAAUUGUGCAGAAAACCACCCAACCAAAGACAAACAGUAGUAACAAACAUGCCCCAGCCUCACUACUCACCAUCUGGAUCUCAAGCACAGCCUCCAGAUUACCAGGCCGUGGCGGGAGACGAGGGCUCCACGGCGCCUGCCACCCCGCCACCAUCAUAUAUGGAGAGCACUUCUCCAUGGUACCCAACUCCUUUUGUACCAGGGCAGGCGAUGUACUCUCUCAGUCCUCCCAAUCAGCCUAGCGCACCUCCACUGCCUUCAGAUGAAAUUGAUCUGCCC